CUUGCCAGAGACUGAACUUGUCUGUCAGGAAAAUACCACUUACAGGACUUGUCAUGUCUCCCUUUCUGCGUAUUGGUUUAUCCAACUAUGACAGUGGCCCUUACCUGCCAUCCCAGGGGGAGGUGAUUAACCCUUACUGUGCUGUGAUGGUUAAAGAAGCCGUGGAGUCAGAAAAUGGCCAAGUGUACGUGCAGAAGAAGCCCACCAUGUACCCACCCUGGAACAGCACUUUCGAUGCCCAUAUCAACAACGGCAGGGUCAUGCACAUCGUCGUCAAGGACAAAAGUGCCGAAAUGGUUUCAGAGACCACGGUGGAACUCAAGGUGCUAGCAGAGAGGUGCAAAAAGAGCAAUGGGAAGACAGAGAUAUGGCUAGAACUGAAACCUCAAGGCCGAAUGCUGAUGAAUGCAAGAUACUUCCUGGAAAUAAGUGAUGCAAAGGACCUGGGUGACUGUGAGACUGAAGGCUUCUUCUCCUUGCACCAGCGCAGGGGAGCCAUCAAACAGGCCAAAAUCCAUAAUGUCAAGUGUCACGAGUUCACGGCCACCUUCUUUCCACAACCCACCUUCUGCUCUGUCUGUCAUGAGUUUGUAUGGGGUCUAAAUAAACAAGGCUAUCAAUGCAGACAAUGUAACGCUGCCAUUCAUAAGAAGUGCAUUGAUAAAGUAAUAGCCAAGUGUACAGGAUCAGCAAUCAAUAGCAGAGAAACAAUGUUCCAUAAAGAGCGGUUCAAGAUUGACAUGCCUCACCGCUUCAAAGUCUACAACUACAAGAGCCCGACUUUCUGUGAGCACUGUGGCACGCUCCUCUGGGGCCUUGCACGGCAAGGACUGAAGUGUGAUGCAUGUGGCAUGAAUGUCCAUCACAAGUGCCAGACAAAAGUAGCAAACCUUUGUGGAGUUAACCAGAAACUAAUGGCCGAAGCUCUGGCAAUGAUAGAGAGCACCCAGCAGGCUCGCUGUCAGCGUGACACUGAACAGAUCUCCAGGGAUGGACCUCUUGAAAUUGGUUUCCCAGUUCCUGUGAAGGAGGUAACACCACUUCAGGCAGUGCCAGCAUCUACAACAGGAAAAAAAGAGCCACAGGGCAUCUCCUGGGAGACUCCGGUGGAGGGCACAGUGAAGGGGGAGUCUCUAAUAGAGUCAGACUUGGGAGAACAGCCCCAGGAGCAGGAAGAGCACCAAGUGCAGCUAAAACUAACCAUCGAAGAUUUUGUCCUGCACAAGAUGCUGGGGAAGGGCAGUUUUGGCAAGGUGUUCCUCGCCGAGCUGAAGAGCACAGACCAAUAUUUCGCCGUGAAAGCCCUGAAGAAGGAUGUGGUGCUGAUGGAUGAUGACGUUGAAUGUACGAUGGUGGAGAAGAGAGUCCUCUCCUUAGCUUGGGAGCACCCAUUCCUGACUCACGUCUUCUGUACGUUCCAGACCAAGGAAAACCUCUUUUUCGUGAUGGAAUACCUCAAUGGAGGAGACCUCAUGUUCCAUAUCCAGAGUUGUCAUAAGUUUGACCUUCCCAGAGCAACGUUUUAUGCUGCUGAAAUCAUAUGUGGGCUCCAGUUCCUCCAUUCCAAGGGCAUAAUAUACAGAGACUUGAAGCUAGACAACGUCCUCUUGGACAAUGAGGGGCACAUCAAAAUUGCUGACUUUGGAAUGUGCAAGGAGAACAUGUUUGGAGAUGCGAAGACAAGUACUUUCUGUGGGACUCCUGACUAUAUUGCUCCUGAGAUAUUGUUGGGGCAGAAGUACAACACCUCUGUGGACUGGUGGUCCUUUGGUGUCCUCCUGUAUGAGAUGCUUAUUGGCCAAUCUCCUUUCCAUGGCCAAGAUGAAGAGGAGCUUUUCCAGUCUAUCCGUAUGGAUAACCCGUUCUACCCUCGCUGGCUUGACAAGGAUGCAAAGGACAUUUUGGUGAAGCUUUUUGUGAGAGAACCUGAGAGGAGACUGGGAGCAAGAGGGAACAUCCGCCAGCAUGCCUUUUUCCGGGAAAUAAACUGGGAAGCUUUAGAAGAAAGAAGGAUGGAGCCUCCUUUCAAACCGAGAGUGAAAUCUCCGAGUGACUGUAGCAACUUUGACAAGGAAUUUCUAAAUGAAAAACCUAGACUGUCCUGUGCCGACAGAGCACUGAUUAACAGCAUGGACCAAAAUAUGUUCAGCAACUUUUCUUUCGUGAACCCUAAAAUGGAGAAAAUAUUUUCCUGAGAUCUGCCUUACUGAAGGGAUUCUCUGUAAUGGUUUGAGUAACACUUUGUCAACUGAAGACUAUGCAUGGUUAUUUUUAUCAAGAACCCACCAGAAAAACACCUCAGUGAAAGUUCGUACCACGCCUGGAGGCUUCCAGCUUAUUCCAGUCCGUAGCAGAUGCCAGCCACUCUUCACUAAUGAUGAAGUUUCUUCGUGGUAUCUUUUGGUCUCUCUUCUCUCUUUUCCCAAUGUUCUUGAAGUUGAGAGCAUCUGAAAAUGAGGAAGUGACAAAACCUGUUCACUACUUGUACACACAGUCGAUGGGUUUCUCUGUAUGGAAAAACAAGUAUAUUUGAGCUUUUGGUGAUGUCAGUGACCAUUUCUGCAAUUCUCACCUCAGCCCACCUCCUUCUGAAGGACAAGUGGUUUGCUCAAGGCCUGAGGGCAUCUGGGAAGACUUCAGGCUGGGUGCUUUGGUAACCUCCACUCGUACAUGUGUGGAAUUGUUCAUGUGUGCACAGGAGUUUUGA